AUGUCGGACGACGAGGACUUCAUGCAAGAGUCCGACGAGGAAUAUGACUUCGAGUACGAGGAAGACGACGAUCAGGACAGCGGCGAUGUCGACAUCGAGAACAAAUACUACAAUGCCAAGCAGCUGAAGCUCACGGACCCGGACGAUGCCAUUGCCGAGUUUCUGGGCAUCCCGGCGCUGGAGGAGGAAAAAGGCGAAUGGGGCUUCAAAGGCCUAAAACAGGCCAUCAAGCUCGAGUUCAAGCAGGGCCGCUACGAUAAGGCCGCCGACCACUAUGCCGAGCUCCUCACCUACGUCAAGUCGGCCGUCACGCGCAACUACUCCGAAAAGUCCAUCAACAACAUGCUCGACUUUGUCGAAAAGGCCGUCGACAGCACGCAAGCCGGCGAGAGUAUCGAGAGAUUUUACUCUUUGACGUUGCAGAGCUUUCAAAGCACCAACAAUGAGCGGUUAUGGCUGAAGACGAACCUGAAGCUCGCCAAGCUGCUACUGGACCGUAAGGAAUACGGCGCUGCGGUGAAGAAACUGCGAGACCUUCACAAGGCCUGCCAGCGCCCUGACGGCUCCGACGACCCCAGCAAGGGCACCUAUUCGCUCGAGAUUUAUGCCCUCGAGAUCCAAAUGUUUUCCGAGACUAAGAACACGAAGCAGCUCAAGGCCCUGUACAACCGCGCCCUCGAGGUCAAGUCGGCGGUGCCUCACCCUCGCGUCAUGGGCAUCAUACGCGAAUGCGGCGGCAAGAUGCACAUGAGCGAAGAGAACUGGCACGCGGCCCAGAGCGACUUUUUCGAGUCGUUCCGCAACUACGACGAGGCCGGCUCCCUCCAGCGUAUCCAGGUGCUCAAGUACCUGCUUCUCGCGACCAUGCUCAUGAAGUCCGACAUCAACCCCUUCGACUCGCAAGAGACCAAACCAUACAAGUCAGAUCCCCGGAUCUUGGCCAUGACGGAACUCGUCGAUGCGUUCCAGCGAGACGACAUCCACGGGUACGAGAAGGUGCUGCAACGCAAUCAGGGCAUCCUCGACGACCCAUUCAUUGCCGAGAACAUUGACGAGGUCACUCGCAACAUGAGGACCAAGGCGGUCCUCAAAAUCAUUGCACCGUACACGCGAAUGCGGCUGUCGUGGAUCGCCCAGCAGCUCCAGGUCUCGACUGUCGAGGUCCAGGAUAUCAUCGGGUUUCUAAUUGUAGAUGGCAUGAUCAAGGGCUGUGUCAAUCAGAAAGACGGCACUCUGAUCAUGGAGACGAAUGCCGAUGUCGAACGCACCCAGGCUCUACGAAACCUCAGCUCGUCUAUCCAAGACCUCUUCGGUGUCGUCUUCAAAGACGGCGACGGCUUUAAGAACCUCGAACAAGGAGCAGAGGAGAACAGCCUGGAGGCAGUCCAGGGUCUCUCGAGCCGUAAGGCGGCCCGAAUGCGAGAGAACCAACGGACCAAGAAAGGCAGAGGACUAGCGCAGCUCGUGUAG